GUUUCUUCUGUUUUCGCCGCCCCGCUGAACCUGACCACCUCAGCGCCACCAUCAGGCAGCCUAAACCAAUUUGUAGCCAUUCCCGGGGUAGCGUAGAACCCCCCUCCCCGGGAUUCAUUUCAACCCACGGGGACAAGCCGAACUUUCCAUGUGUCAGACCUAACCCGAAUUCAGUUUUUUGUGGCUGAUUUCUACGCCAGCGACUGGUGCGCUAGCUCACUAACCCGCUCCUUUCAAAUGAGAUGGGAGCACUCGGUACAGUGCCUGAUCCGACAAUUGCCCGGCCAUUGUCCAUGGGCCUUUGCGGCGUUGCGCAUGUCAUUAGUCACUGAUGGAUGGAGACUCGAGCCAACCGAAUCUGGACUAAAGGGAUCUUGAAGAGAAAAGCAGGGGAAACUUUUAGAGCGGGGGAGUCACAUAUAAUGUCGCGCUUCGCCCCGUCUUUCCUCUCUCACUUCCCAGCAGUGUCCUGUUUGUUACCAGCAAAAUGGUUGUCAGUCAGUCAGUGGUCGGGCGAGCCAAUGCCGAGAAGCCUCAUGGCUUGGUUGGUAUGCUCAAGAAUCCUUAUGUCUUCAUGACCUGUGCCUUUGCUUCGCUUGGCUGUAUUAUGUAUGGCUACGAUCAAGGUGUCAUGGCACCUGUUCUUGUCAUGGAGAACUUCAAAGCGCACUUUCCUUCGUUGAUGGGUUCUACUAUCCAAGGUUGGCUGGUGUCUGCCUUGGAGCUGGGUGCUUGGGCUGGUGCGCUCUUCAACGGAUAUCUCGCGGACGCUAUUUCGCGGAAAUAUAGUAUGAUGGUGGCUGUUGUUGUCUUCACUCUGGGUUCAUCUCUUCAGUCCGCAGCACAGAACCCCGCCUACUUUUUCGCUGGUCGCAUCAUCGGUGGUGUUGGUAUUGGUAUGCUCAGUCAGGUCAUCCCGCUGUACCAAGCCGAAAUCGCACCACCGGAGCUCCGUGGCUCUCUGGUUUCCUUGCAGCAGCUCUCGAUCACCAUCGGAACUGCCAUCUCUUUCUGGCUGGACUAUGGUAUGCAAUACGUUGGUGGUGUCAAGUGCAACCCCGAAGGUGUGGAAAACCCCUACCUGGCCGACGGAACCUUCGACUACAACGCGGCCCACGGCCACACAUGUAUGGGCCAGAAGCCUCUUGCCUGGCGAUUCCCCUUGGCCUUGCAGAUCCUGUUCGCCUGGAUUCUCUUCUUCGGAAUGUUCUUCUUCCCCUUCUCCCCUCGCUGGCUGAUGUCCAAGCACCGCGAGGAAGAAGCAGUUGCUGCACUCUCUAAGAUCCGGCGUCUUUCACCCAACGAUCCCUUGCUCAAGGCAGAGAUCCUUGAAAUCAAGGCGGCCGUUCUUUUUGACGAAGAGACCAAUGCCGAAGCUGUUCGAGUCGGCGGUAAAUGGGCCCCCUGGAAGGCUCUCUUUUCCCCAAAUAUGCGAAAGCGACUCUGGCUCGGCUGUGGAAUGAUGGUUUUCCAGCAGUUUACCGGUAUCAACGCAAUUUUGUAUUAUGCUCCGCAAAUCUUCGCCAGCUUCGGAUUUUCGUCGACUACCCAGACAUUACUUGCUACGGGUGUCACUGGUAUCAUCCAGAUCCUUUUCACGCUCCCUGCUGUACUUUUCCUGGACAAGUUCGGCAGAAAGACCUUCCUCAUUGUCGGUGCAAUUGGCAUGUUCUGCUGUCAUAUUGUCGUUGCUAUCGUCGAGGGUAUCUAUGAGGAUUACUGGAAUUUGAACGAAGGGCUGUACAAGGCCCAAGGAUGGGUCGCCAUCGUCUUCAUCUGGAUCUUCGCCUCACAGUUCGCCUACUCCUGGGGCCCAGUAUCAUGGGUCCUUGCACAGGAAAUCUUCCCCUCGAGUGCUCGCUCUCGUGGUGUGUCUCUUGUCGCAUCCACGAACUGGAUGUUCAACUUCGUCAUUGGCCUAACCACCAAGGAUAUGCUGGCUUCAAUGAAGUACGGAACCUACAUCUUCUUCGCCAUUUUCAGUGGACUGGGAGGUUUGUUUAUCUGGUACUUUGCACCUGAAACCAAAGACAAGACCCUGGAGGAGCUUGAUGUCUUCUUUGGGGGCAGCAUGGACAGCAUCGCCGAGGCGGAUAGACUCAGGAUGCAGACUAUCUACGACCGCCUGGGACUCACGGGGGUUGAGAAGGUGGAGGACCUGGAUAACGAGAAGACUAAGAUCCAGGGUGAGAUUGUGGAGAUGUGAUUCUUGGUUGCUGUUAGAGAGGAUGGUUGGCAGACCUCACCGAGGGGGGGGGAGCGUGCAUGGG